AUGACGGACUCCAUCGAGAUACCAAAAAGCAACGGCAGUGCAAUCGAUCAUGUCGAGUUUGUUCAGAUCCAAGGUGGAGGAAGUGUGCUUCUCAAUCAACGCAAGGUUGCGAGUGAUAAGCAUCUUGUGCAGGAUGCCAUGCAAGCCGCACAGAGGGAACAUGAGAUGCCCCUAUACGAGACGUUCAAGGCCUACAAGUCUGCCGUCUUAUGGUGUCUAUUGCUCUCAUCCAGUAUCAUCAUGGAGGGCUAUGACACUCUUUUGCUUGCAAACUUUUACGCAUACCCCUCGUUUCAGCGCAAGUACGGUACAAGACAAGCCAACGGUAGUUACGAAAUCCCAGCUCCCUGGCAAGCGGGACUCAGCAACGGUGUCGCCAUUGGUCAGAUUCUCGGGCUAUUUGCCGCUGGUGUCAUCUCUGAACGUUUCGGUUACAAGCGUACUAUCAUUGCCAGUCACCUUGCCGUCAUCUGUUUCGUCUUUGUGCCCGUUUUUGCACCCAACCUCCCGACUCUGCUGACCGGCGAGAUCCUGCUUGGCUUGCCAUGGGGAGCCUUCCAGACCAUUACUACGACGUACGCUGCAGAUGUUUGUCCGACACAGCUACGACCAUACCUCACCACCUACACCAACUUGUGCUGGGUCAUUGGCCAGCUUAUUGGCUCCGUCAUCCUUCGCUCUCUACUACACAUGUCGCAAACCUCUUCCAGCGAGUUGCCCUUUAGGAUUCCCUUCGCCAUUCAAUGGGUUUGGCCGGUUCCAAUUCUCAUUGGCACUAUUUUUGCUCCGGAGUCUCCUUACUGGCUUGUACGCAAGGGUCGUAUUGAUGACGCAAAAGCUGUCCUCCGUCGUCUUCAAGCUCAGGGCAACCCAAACUUUGACGCAGACGAUACAGUGGCGAUGAUGCAGCACACCAACGACCUCGAGCGUGAGAUCUCUGCUGGCACCAGUUACCUCGACUGCUUCAAGGGAGUGGAUCGUCGACGUACAGAGAUUGUCUGCAUCGUUUGGGCCAUACAAGCAGCUUGCGGAAGUAGCUUCAUGGGCUUCUCGACAUACUUUUACCGUCAGGCUGGUCUCGCAACGGAAAGUGCGUUCUCGCUCUCGAUGGGACAGUAUGGUAUUGGUGCUAUCGGAACACUUCUCUCUUGGCCUCUCAUGAAUAGGCUAGGUCGUCGUACCAUCUACACCAAUGGCCUUGCAGUGCUUUGCUUCUUGCUCUUGACCAUUGGCUUCAUUUCGCUUGCUGGUAAGUCCGCUGGUCCUUCUUGGGCUAUUGGCAGCUUGCUUCUCCUCUACACUGGAAUCUACGACCUCACUGUUGGCCCAAUUUGCUACUCACUCGUCUCUGAGAUUCAGUCAACACGUCUUCGCAGCAAAACCAUUGUCCUCGCGCGCAAUCUUUUCAACGUCGUCGGCAUCGUCAAUAAUGUGACAACGCCGUUCAUGCUCAACCCAAGUGCUUGGAAUUGGGGUGCCAAGAGCGGUUUCUUCUAUGGUGGUAUCUGCUUCUUGUGUGCCGUAUACUGCUAUUUCAGGCUACCAGAGCCCAAGGGCCGUACACCCGGUGAGUUGGCUGUACUCUUUGACCAGAACAUCUCGGCGCGCAAGUUUUCCACAGCCAAGGUGUCCGAGUUUGCAGUUGCAGAGUUGCAGCUCGUCGAGAGUCACAAGGGCAAGUCCAGCGUAAGUUCUUAG